AUGGCGUCGAACAAGCCCUUUGACCACACGGCGCAUGCUGAACACCGAUGGAGGCGUUUAAUGAAUGUCGACUUGAGUCAUUACCUUGGGUUCUCGUUCGUGGCUGGUGGGCUGCACAUUGCCAAAUCCAUGGCUUUACGUCAUCGCUCGAAAGGCAUGGCAUUUUUAAGAAAAAAAGCGUUCGAGAAACUUCCGAAACUCAUGAUCUUUCCGUUAAUAGUCGGCAUUCCUGGCGCCGAACUUCUGUUAUGGGGCGCAUCGUAUAUCAACAAUAACAAGGGAAAGGAUACGAGUGAAGCUGCGCGCGACACCAGGCUGGUACCAGCAGCAUUCGUAUUGUAUGGUACUGCUUUGAAUUCCGUACACCCGCUGGAUGGUCGAUUGCGCCGACUUCGUACAUGGAUCCGCCCAUUCAAGUGGGGAGUUGUUGGAUGGGGUAUCGAUGGUGCUAUCUCGAAAUAUAGAGCAACAAGCUCUAAACUAAAGACACCUGUACCGGCAGAUGCCGACAAGCAAGCAAGAUGA